GACUCGGGCGCAUCAACCAGCGUCUCGAGCCGUGUUUCCCAAACAUCUGCGCUCGCGGACAGCUCAGCCUCAGUAAUGUCACCUCAGUGAGAUUAGCUUAGCUGCAGCUCCGUCUUUUAACAACAGUGGCAUUAAAUAUGGUAUAAAAAGCAGGAAACGAUGAAUCUCCGGGGAUUCUUUCAGGAUUUCAAUCCGAGUAAAUUCCUGAUCUAUGCGUGUCUGCUGCUGUUCUCGGUGCUGCUGUCCUUACGCCUGGACAGAGAUAUCGAGUGGAGUUACUGGGCCGUGUUCGCACCCAUCUGGCUCUGGAAGCUGAUGGUCAUCAUCGGGGCGUCGGUGGGCACCGGGGUGUGGGCUCACAACCCUCAGUACAGGGCCGAGGGUGAGACCUGCGUGGAAUUCAAGGCCAUGCUGAUCGCUGUGGGGAUCCAUCUCCUCCUCCUGACGUUUGAGGUUCUGGUGUGUGACCGUGUGGAGAGAGGGAAACACUUCUGGCUGCUGGUUUUCAUGCCGCUGUUCUUCGUCUCGCCCGUCUCCGUAGCUGCAUGUGUGUGGGGCUUCAGGCACGACCGCUCACUGGAGCUGGAGAUCCUGUGCUCGGUAAACAUACUGCAGUUCAUCUUCAUCGCACUGCGGCUGGAUAAAAUCAUCAACUGGCCGUGGCUGGUGGUCUGUGUGCCGCUGUGGAUCCUCAUGUCCUUCCUGUGUCUGGUGGUGCUUUAUUACAUCGUCUGGUCUGUGCUGUUCCUACGCUCGAUGGACGUGAUCGCAGAGCAGCGGCGCACACACAUCACCAUGGCCAUCAGCUGGAUGGCUAUAGUUGUGCCCCUGCUGACUUUUGAGAUCCUCCUCGUACACAAGUUAGAUGGUCAUUAUGAGUCCAAGUUUGUGCCGGUGUUCGUGCCGCUCUGGAUCUCCCUGGUGACGCUGAUGGCAACUACGUUCGGCCAAAAAGGAGGCAAUCACUGGUGGUUCGGCAUUCGUAAGGACUUCUGUCAGUUCCUGCUGGAACUCUUUCCUUUCCUGCGGGAGUAUGGGAACAUCUCCUAUGACCUGCAACAUGAAGACUCGGAGGUGUCCGAAGAGCUUCCUGCCCACGAGCCGCCUAAAAUCGUGCCCAUGUUCCGCAAGAAAACGGGCGUCGUCAUCACGCAGAGUCCUGGGAAGUACUUCGUGCCACCGCCCAAAUUAUGCAUUGACAUGCCGGAUUAAAAAUGAACUCGGAAUUCCUUGAACAGGGAGCGAGAGGAGCGUAGCGCCAUGGACCAGAGUUCACUUUGGGUCAGCAGGGGAACACCGGAAGUGAGUGAGACGGGCCAGUCAGAAACAAAAUCCAAAACAUUUUAGACCGUCUCAGCUCCUGUUUGCUGAAAACUUUUUUAUUUUAUUUAUUUUUUUGUUACAGAAAACUGCUGAGAUGGUUUUCAGGAAUGAAGGGGCAGGUAGUGAGCAUGGCUUGCUGUUUUCCCCUCCUCCCCCCUGGAUCUUUUCCACACUCCUGCGUUCUCAUCACUCCUUUUAACACUCCCUGUAGUUUUCCCCGAGUAAGGCGUGUACAAUGUGGAGAAAGUUCUCUAGCUAAGCCAAAGAACAUUAGAUGGUUUAUAUAAAGCUGGAGUAAAUGUCCAAUGCUGCCAUAUUUGUUCCAGCAGUACAUGUUCCAUGUGUUUUGUUUUGUAUUAUUUGUCCAAGUAUGACAGCAGUGAACAAUUAUUUUAUUUUCACCAUCACUUUAUGUUUGUAGAUGAUCACUAAGUGUUUACUAGAACACCUCGAGGACACUGACUCACCAACACACAGCUCAUGUUUAUGUUUGUGUUAUUCUCGCUUGUCGACACGUUUCCUGUUUUAUUAGACAAAAAUAAGCCGUUCUGAAGUAGCUCUAUUUAAUACCAUCUUCUAUUCGAGCGAUCACACGCUAGGCUUGUGCAAUAUAGAUCUUUCCCUCGUCACGAUUUACUGUUACGUUUAAUCACCCAGAACCUAAAAAAGACUGGAAAACAAAUAUUGAAAACAAUCAGGAUAAACGAUUUGAUGAUGUCAGGUGUAAGGAGAGUGGGGAGGAGUGAUCAUAUCACUAGCUGUGGAGUCGGGAACUGCUGACCAGGCAGAGCCAAUCACGUAAACUCAGCCAGGUGGUGGAUUUACAGUAAAAAAAGAGAGAAAUAUAAGCGUACACUUUGGAUAUAAUCUCUGUAUAAACAGGUGUGUAAAGUCCAUAUGGCCGAUGUUUUCGUUGCUGAUCUGCUGCUCGACGUUCGAACGCGUCCGAGAGAGCAAAACAAACCCACACGUUUUUAAUCCUCAUCACCAGUGUUAGAUCGGAUGCUUCGCUGUAGAAAUAUUUAAUCUCUUUAAAACAAUUUUAAAAUUUUGACCACUUUUGGACAGUUUUUCUUUUCCAGUGCCAUCCCUAAUAAAUACAGUAACUCAUGUUAAGUAUGUACAGGUGUGUAAUGUUCGCUAAGUGGAAGACACACCGAUAGAUUAUCUUUCACAUUCAUGAACUCAAAACAGUUUACUGAGACAGAAAGCGAGAGCAUGCGAGAUGGUAGAAGGGGGCGGGGCUUCCAGGCGCAGGGUUGCUGUUACCCCAACCAAAAUGUAUUAUUGCAGUGUGUUAUUCCGCUUAUAUUUGUCCAGGAGAUGAAUAGUUCCUGUUCUCACUUAUGCUAUAGCAGCUAUAAACAGCCAAUCCCUCAUCAGUCUCAGUCUCUCUCUCUCUCUCUCUCUCAAAAAAUGCAGCUCAUCAUUUCACUGAGACUGUAAAGUGACCGUUACAACUGAGAAUAAUCCCAUAAACAUUAAAUAAAUGUUUUCUAACAAAACGUUUUUUUCUAACAAAAAAAUCAGUUUAUUAUUAGUGUUAGAUUAUGUGGGGUGUCGGCUGUACACGUCCCUGUGUAUGUAUGAGCUGUUACUAUAGAAACCGUACCGUAUUAGAGCGAGAGCAUUAAUAUAAUCCCGUCGUUCAUGUUACAGCUGAAACUACCCGUGAUGUUAUACAGAAAUAAUACACACUGACCAAUCAGAUUCAAGUACUCAACUGUGCUCUUAUAAACAUUUAUACAUCACACAAGCCUUAGACGCACACAGUAUAUAAUCUUAAACACAUCAACAUGCGAGUAUUUAUAGAUAUACACUAAUAUAUUCUGAAGUAGACCAUUAAUAUCAUCUCCAGAUCUACAUUAGUAAAAGCAGCUUUGAUAGAUCUGCCUUUUCUGUAGAUGCACACCUGUGUGAGUGCGAGAGAGAGAGUGUGUGUGUGUGUGUGUGUGUGUGUGUGUGUGUACGUGUGUACUCAGCUGGUCUGAGUUAGCAGCAGUGGAGUUCCUGGUAGCAGAAAUGGACCAGCGUGUUGUUCACUACAUGUGUGUUAUUAAUCGUGUAAAAGUGUUGAAGCUGUUCAUUUUAACAUUAAAAUAUUCUGCAAAAAUUUCA